AUGCUCCAAACAAGAUUGACUUCCUAUCUUUCUUAUACAAGGCAUGCAGAAGAUGUGUGGCAAAAGUUUGCUCUGCACAAGUGCAACAUGGCUGGAAAACCUGCUGCUGUUACUUGUGUUGUGGACAGUAUGACGGACAACCUAAGGCCUACUCGUGCAGAUGCAACUGAUGUGGCAAAUGCAGUGCUGGAUGUGAUGCCAUUCUCCUUGGUGCCGAGACUCUCCGUGGGUUGUAUCCAGUUGGGAUUUAAACGGUAG